GAAAGGCGAGGGACAUGUGUAGAGAAAACAAAUACUAUUGUACAGUAUGUCAAGAUUUUUACACACAAUGUAUUAGUUUAAAACUUACAAUAAAGCAAUAUUGGCAAGUCCAUUAACAUAUAGCCAGGAAUAGAGGAAAUCCCAUUCCAUAAUACAAUGUUCAUAUAAGAUAAGGGGAUCCAUGUCUUCAAAGGAAACAAUGGAGGAUGAAUUGCAGCAAAAAUAUAAAAUAAAAUAAAACUUAACAUCCACAGUUAGGAUAAAUAAAACUGUUAAGGUUAAACAGCCCUGCGCGUUUCAUCUGGGGGAACCAGACUUCCUCAGGGGACAACAAGGUAAAUCGGGUAUAACAUUUGAGCCUCACAUCCAGUCUGUUACCAAAUCCUGUAGAUUCCACCUUAAAAAUAUAGUCUGCAUCUGUCCUUUUCUUACACAAGAUGCUAAUAAGGAGCUUGUCCAUGCUCUAGUAAUCUCUUGCAUGGAAUAUUGUAACUCUCUCCUAAUAGGUCUUCCCACAAGUCGUAUUAUCCCGCUACAGUCUGUAAUGAAUGCUGCAGAUAGACUGAUUUUCCUCUCCUGUCACUCCUCUCACACCUCUCCCCUCUGUCAGUCCUUACAUUGUCUUCCUGUAUCCUAUAGGAGUCAGUUCAAGGUACUAAACCUAUAAAGCACUGACCAAUUCUAGCCCCUCCUAUUUCUCUUCACUAAUCCACAGGUAUGCCUCUUCUUGGUCUCUCUGCUCUGCCCGUGAGCUUCUCCUGUCCGCUACUCGCACCCGCAUGGUCAACUCAUGCUUUCAGGACUUUUUGCGGGUGGCACUUUUCCUUUGGAAUAGCCUGCCUACGACCAUCAAGCUCUCCCCUAGUCUUCAAUCAUUUAAAAAGUGCCUCAAAACCCAUCUCUAAGAGUAACCUCUUCCUCACAUACCUGUCCCUUGCUCUCUCCUAAAGGGCAGCACUCUAUUCUCUUCUCCAGCUCUGCUUCACUCCACCUUGUUUGAUUGCUACCUCAUGUCCUUUUGUGUUUUAUGCCCCACCUCCUGUAGACUGUAAGCUCGUUUGAGCAGGGCCCUCUUCAACCUAUUGUUCCUGUAAGUUUUUGUAAUUGUACACCGAGCGCCAUGUCACUAGAAAUCCUUCGUAGUGUGUUGGAACCUGACUGCAUUCCACAUUGCAAAAUCUUAAUCCUUGUUUGUCAAAGUCCCAAGAAUACGGAGUCUCAGUAAAACAAGGAUAUAAAAAAAAUAUAUAAAAAAGUAUUAUUAGCAGAUACCAUAUAUUCAUCUAAAUUACAUGCAAAAUAUGAAAGAAUAUAAAAACAAUAGUAGUAAACAUAUAUAUUGGAAAAUGCCUAAAAAAACUUAAAAAAAUAAUAAUAACAUAAUAAUAAUAAUAAAAAAAACUAAUGAAAAAUAAAAAAUGUAACAUACACAACAAAAAUAUUUUAAAUAUUACAUUUUUUUUUUUAAUUGAAAGUUUAUUGACGAAUUAGCUGAGAGGGAGAAAAAAAGUUAUAUAAAACAAACUAAAUCAAAAUUGACAUUCAACCGUUGUAACAUCUGCAGUUUGUCUAACCAAAAACCCUCCCUCUUUAAUAUUAUUUUAUUAUUAUUUUUUAAAGCUUUUUUUUAGGCAUUCUUCAAUGUAUAUAUUUGAAGCGGCUAACAAAAGAGUAUAUACAAUUUACUUUAUUCUUUUCCAGCUAACACCUACAAACAGAUGUUUUUGCUCUGGAAGUAGGAUGUUAUCAGUUUUCUAAGUGGAAUAGAAGUUUGCAAAUUCCUCCCCAAUCUUUGUAGUAUGGUACAGUUUAUUGCCAGUGGAAAAAUAACUAAAAGGCAUGAUAGUAUGAGAUAUAUGGGGUCUGUGCAGAGAAAUAUGCAAUCAAAUUACAUUAGGUAGCAGAAACCCUUGUUCUGGGUUGGCAGACCUAAUGACAUUGCUAGAGGUGGAGUUAUAACUCCAGAAAAAAAACGUAAAUUCAUAGUGUUAGGAAUAGUCGUAUUUUCUAACACUAUAGUGCCCUCUGGUCUGCCCCUCACUCGCAAACCGCCCAGCACAUAAAGGGUUAAAAGAAACUUUAUUUACUAAUCCAAUUCCAUUAAUAAUGUCCCUUAACACUGGGUUGGUGCUCCCCUUCAUCCAUUGGGGGGACCUAAUGCACAUGCCCUGAGGGAUUUCUUUGAUGCAGAGCAUGAGGAUGUCCUGCAUCGUUUAACGUAGUCAAACUCUGCUAAAAUAAAGCGCCUCUAGUGACUGUCUAAAACACAGUCGCUAGAGGAAGUCUUAGUCCUGCAAAGUAAUUACUGGAGUUUCUCAAAAACUGCAGUGUUUACAUUGUAGGACAUAGGGGGACAGGCAUACUGUGGUCUGGGUGACUAUAGUGUCCAUUUAAACUCUGUUUGCAGCGUUUCAGAGAAUCACUAAAGACUACAGGUACCCUGAUCACGUCAAAUUACUGAAGUGUCCAUGGUGCUUGCAGUAUCACUAUAACUACUGGAUGUAUAUGGAAAUUAGUUUGUUUUAAUUGUUGAGAAAUGGAAAUUUAGAUAAUCGAUAAUAUCAUUAUCAGAUCACUCACAUUUUUCUAUCUUCCAAACAGAAAAUAAGGUAAUUUAUUUCCAUCACUGAGACUGUUUCACUCAUUCUAUGGAGAAUUCUGAUUGGUCCCACAGAGUAUUUAGUUUCCAGUGGGCUAUAUAUAUCUUUGCUCCCAUUGUCAUUACAUAGUUAUAAUGUUGAUUUUCCUAAAUAUGCAUAAACUCUGCUGCUGUGUUAUCUCUGCUAUGUGCUUUAGUAUUAACCCCUAUGAACAAUUUUGUUUAAUAUGCCUUUGUACAUAUUUUAUGAUUUUCUACUUCACUGAUCUUUUAUGCAAUUUGUAGUUAUUGUAUUGUGAAUAAGUUUGAUAUUUUCUUGAUAUGCUCUAAUUUAUUUCAGUGAACUUUCAUAUUGCAACCACAUACUGUGAUUAGAUAUGCUAACAUAUAAUCAGACACAGUUUUUUCUCUUGGGUUUUUCUAGUAAUCCUAAAAUACAGUCAAUUAUUUUUGUGGGCCUGCUGUUAAUUUACAGUCUCUCUGUCUUGGGUAAUUUGGUUAUAAUAUGUGCUACCUUUGUGGACCAGAAACUACAUAUCCCCAUGUAUAUGUUUCUCAGCAGUCUCGCAGUUACGGAUAUUUGCUUUAUGUCUUCAACUGUCCCCAAACUUCUUGCUUCUCUGGGAGCUCAUAAUGGUUAUAUCUCACAGUAUAACUGUCUAUUACAGUACUUUUUUUACUAUUCCUUUGGUGGAACAGAAUUUUGUUCUCUGGCUCUGCUCUCUAUUGAUAGAUACCUUGCGGUAUGCCAACCUUUAAGAUACAAUGCCAUUAUGACCAGGCAUGUGUGCAUCAGACUCAUCGUUGGCUCUUGGAUAUUUGGUUUCCUGGAGUGUAUCCCACCUUUGCAUGCCAUAUCACAAUUACAAUUUUGCAGUAGGCCCAGCUUAAUUGCACAUUUCUUCUGUGAUGGGGCUGCAAUUUUAAACGUAUCAUGUACUGACACCAGACUGGCAGGAGUAAUAGUUUUUGCCACUGCAUCAUUUGCUAUUUUCAGUUCUCUCAUCCCCACCUUAUACUCUUACAGUUACAUCCUUUCAGCAAUUUUCAGGAUAUCUUCAUCAAGUGGAAGGAUAAAAACCUUUUCAACUUGUUCUUCACACCUUCUUGUUGUGUCCAUUACCUAUGGAAGUUGUAUUUUCAUUUAUGUUCGACCAGCGGGAGCUUUGUCCACCAGCUUAGACAUGACUGUAGCUGUAUUUAAUAGUAUUUUGAGCCCAGUUCUAAACCCGUUUAUCUAUACUUUGAGAAAUCAAAUGAUUAAGAAGACAUUGAAAUAUUUUUAUAUCACCAAAACUGCAAAUCUAUGGCCUGUAAAGUAAGUUAGAUCAUUGCUAUUCUUUCAUAUUUAGUGGUGACUUUAUUGUCUUUCAAACUUGCUACUUUAAAUAAAAUGCUAGCAGUACAAAUUUCCUAUAAUAUCACUGAUAGCUUACAUAAUGCAUGGAAAAUACAGCACAAAGGAGAAAUGAAUAUAACAUUUUAAUACUGAGAGGCAAUCACCUGUAAAUAUUAGACCUUUAAAUAUGUUUAUAUACUAUGGUAUGCAAAUGUAUAAUAUUGAUAAUAAUGCAUUAUUACAAUCCAAUAUAAUUCAUAGAGACACCACGGUCUGAACAUCAAUUUCACAGAAACCUCCAAUGUCCUGACAUAGAGCGUUUCUCCACUAAUCUCCAAACUCUCAUUUUGCCUAUCUCAAACCUCACCUGUCCUAGCGCUGCAACCUCCUGCUACGAUUCCACCCUCUCCUCUCAACUCCACAUCAUGGCACCUCCUACAUUUAAAUGCAUGGCACACCGAGCUGACUCGAUACUGUUGUGGAUCAGAGUGUUGAUCUUUGUUAUAUUCAGAAGAAGCCCAAAUUGUUGUUACAAGUGCACUUGGAGAAGCAAGAAUUAGACACCAGUCACCUGUUGGUAUUCAAAAUAAGCCUCUGACAUUUUAUUCAUCAGCUGUGUUUUAUACAUUAAAAAGUAAGUGCUUACGUGCAAAUACUCUUAGAACAGUAAUAGGAAGGUAGUACAGAUAAGGAAUGAACGUCAUGUACACAUAACAAAUAAGUUCCAAGGUAAGAAAGAACAAAAAGAUUAGAGAAGAGACAUCUUAGGUGAGUGCUCUCUGUUCCCGGAACUAGACAUAUAUGGUCUUAAGUGUUGUUUAAGCAUCAAGCAUUUCCUGAGUCCAAGUUAUUUUAAUAUAGGAUAUCAUUAUAUGACACCUAUAAGCUUGAGCCUUGGAAUCAAGAUAAAUUCUAUCACAAUCCCCUCUUUUGAUCCAAGGGUCACCCAAAUGCCCAAGGUAUUUCCAGGCCUGCUAGCCAAAGCCUGUGGGACUUUUAUUUAUUGCUUCACCACGGUUCCCUUGGACUGAGAGAACACCAGAAUCAGCGGAGGAGAGUUCCUUAAUUUGUUAGGCGAGGUAACAUCAUAAAACCUUUCUGAAGUCGGAGCUGGAAUGUAAGUUAAGGUACGACAAACAGUAGGUUUGCUUUUACAUAGAGAGGUUAGUAGACAUGAAAAAAAUCUAAAGGUUAGAACAAUGGCCAUACUGACAAAUACAGCUAAUAGCAAAAAGUACAAAAUUUUCUUAAUUAGUAAAGUCAACCAUGUUCCUAGCCCAAAUGUCCAAUCUCCAAAGAAGCCAGUACCCUGUAUGAUAUCCUGUAUUAAGUCAUGUAAAUCUUUUAUAUGUUUAUGGAUCAUAGUGCCAUGGUCAGAUAGGUUAAAAUAGCACAUACCUUCAAUAGUUUCACAGCCUAAGUCAUGUUUCAUUAGUAAGUAGUCAAUGGCUGCUCUAUUCUCAAGGAUUGCCUUCUUAUUUGCCUGGUUGUCCAUAAGUAGCUCUUCUAGGGCCUGUGAAGUGGCAUUUAAACCUUUUGCAAGGGAACAGACUACAGCAUUAACUACUCGGGUAUUAUACAGUGCUAAGCCUGGGACUCCUACCAAGGUGUACGCUAGGGCAGAGUAUUCGGCUUUAGAUAAAAGAGUGAUUUCAGGGUUACAAUCUGCAUUAAUGGUGUUUUUAACAUCUCUCCUAUCUCUCAGUAGUUUGUGUACCUGGGUGGUUUUAGUAAUCUGGUCAAAUUUGGAAAACAUGGUCAUGGUUAGGCGAGAGAUUGCACAGGGACCUCCUGUAAUGUUACCUGGGACAUAAGCAUAAGUAAUAUUUCCACAGGAGAAAGUCCAUCCUUUAUGAAGAAAGACAUUGUAGUGGUAACUCAUAACUUAGUGAGUUUUGGUACAAUUCAUAGUGGUGCUCAGGGCUCUACAAUUCGUGGUAUUUUUCCACCAUGUGGGGAAAAACAGGGAUUCAGUAUUAGGGUCUCUUGAACAAUUACAUGAAAAAGCCCAACAUAGUUCAGUGCCUGUCACAUUAAUUGUCUUCAGGGCUAGGGGAGGCUUGCCUACCAGUGGGUUGAAGGCAUAAGAAUAUAGUUGUAGAGAUUUAUGGGGUUUAUGGGUAUGUAGGUACUUCCUCAACAGUGAGAUGGGGGUAGGGACAGCUAGAAGACAAGAUUAUAUGGUGUUUUCAGUACUGAGGAGAGGGUUGAGGCAAAAGGAGGUUAAAUUAAAAGCCUUUGCUAUCUGCAACCAUAUAUUUUCCUGCCAUGCAUUAUUAUUUUCUGGUCUUAAGUCAGAGUAGCAUAUCCGAACACAGCAUAAAAUGGUAAAGGAUAAGAACAGCUUCAUGUCGGUGGAUAAGUCGGGGUGACUUGUUUACAGUGACUGGUGUGUAUCCACGUGGUUUUUCCUUCUAGUUUCACUGAGGUAGCUGUAGUCAAGAGCACUUGGAAUGGACCGUCAAUGCGUGGUUCAAGUCCUUUCCUCACAUGCCUCUUUAUCACCACCCAAUCCCCAGGCUGCAGUUUGUGAGUUGCAAAAUCAGAGUCUGGAUGUGGAAUAGAAUCAAGACUUGUUUAUGCACCCCUACCAUGCUGCAUAUGGAGGGUUUGGGGAAAUUAGAGGCCUUUCUUUGGGGCACAUCCAAACAGGAUCUCAAAAGGGAAUAGGCCAUGUCUGGAAUUGGCGGUGAAUCUCAUAAAAAAGAGUGCUAGGGGAAGGCAUUCAGUCCAGGGCUUCCCUGUAUCUUGCAUGGCUUUUGCAAUCUUGUUCUUUAAGGUGCCAUUUGCCCUUUCUACUUUCCCACUACUCUGGAGGUAAUAGGGGGUGUGGAAGGCCUGACUGAUCCCUAAGGCUUUCAUAAUUUCUUGCAUUAUUUCCCCAGUGAAAUGGCUACCUCUGUCACUUUCAAUCACUUCAGGUACUCCAUAUCACUUCCUUCAGAAGCUUACUUGCUGUGACCUUCGUUGUGGCUUUCGACACUGGGUAGGCCUCAGGCCAACCUGAAAAGAGAUCAAUGCACACCAACACAUAUUCAUACACUCCUACCUUACGUAGUUGAAUAUAGUCUAUCUACAGUCUUUGAAAUAGGUAAAGUUGCCUUGGUGUGUGCUUACUUGGUGUUUUGACAGCCUGUCCUGGAUUGUUUCUAGCACAAAUCAUGCAAGCUUAGGUGUGUUUAGCUGCUACAACAGUAAAUCCAGGUGCUACCCAAUGGGUGUUUACUAUGCUGUUCAUGUGCAUCUUGGAUAGAUGUGUAGGUCCAUGGGCAAUCUGGGCCAUCAUUGGGUACAACACUCGUGGCAAACACAGUCUUUUACCUUUCUUCCACAUUCUGUCAUCAUCAGGUUCUGCAUCUUGUUUCCUCCAGAGGUCAUGUUCUUCCUUGCUUGCCUGUCUUUGUAAGCUCAACAGUAUAUUGUAGUCAACAGAGUCAUCUGUAAGAACAACUUGUAGGAAGGUAUUACCUGUAGAGGGAUGAACUUGAAUUGCUGCUUGCUUGGCAGCUUCGUCUGCUUUGUGGUUUCCUCUUCAGAUUCCAUCUGUGAUCUUCACGUGAGCUGCCACCUUGAUGAUGCCUACUUGAGUGGGUAGCAGGAUAGCGUCCAUAAGUGCACUCACAGCUUCAGAAUUCUUGAUUGGAGUUCCUGCUGAGGUGAGAAAAUCACAAGCCCGCCAUAUAGGGCCAAAAUCAUGGGCUAUACCAAAAGCAUAGCGAGAGUCUGUAUAAAUAUUAGCAGUCUUACCAGAAGCCAUUUUACACGCUUCAGCAAGUGCUUUCAGCUCUGCCUCCUGUGCAGAGCAGUGAGGAGUGAGUGGUUCAGCUUUUAUUACCUCAUGUGCAGAGACUACAGCAUAUCCAGUGUGGAAAUUACCCUUCUCAUCGGCAUAUCUGGAACCAUCUACAAAAAAUUCAAAAUCUGCAUUAGAUAAUUGAAAAUCAAUUACAUGCAAAAAACCUGCUGUUUCUUGUGCCAUUAGUGCUGCACAAUCAUGGGGUACCUGGGCAUCAGCUAACUCAUCUGGUGAAAGUGAAUUUACAAAAAGAUCAGAAGUACAAGUACCAUUCCCACUAUCCCCACUCCCCUCUUUUAAAUCCAGGGGAAGUAAUGUAGAUGGAUUUAACACCAUACACCUUUUAAGAGUAACAUUAGGUGGCAUAAGCAAGGCACAUUGCAUUCUGAGAUGCCUUGCAGUAUGUAUGUGUUUUGGUUGAACUUGUGACAGUAUGCUGUUGAUAUCAUGCGGUGUGUAUAUGGUCACCGGGUUAUCUAAGACAAUAUCAGUGGCUUUGUCCAGGAGGGCAGUAACAGCCGCCACUGCCCUAACACAUGAGGGGGCACCCCUGGCAACAGGGUCCAAUCUGGUGGAGUAGUAUGCUAUUGGUCUUUGUUUACCACCAUGGUCCUGUGUAAGGACAGAUGUAGCAUAACCUGAUUGCUCAGUACAGAACAGGUUAAAAUUAUUUCUGUAAUCUGGGAGACCCAGUGCCGGAGCUGACGUUACCAGUAACUUAAGGGUAUAGAAGGCAUUUUCUGCCGCAUGGGUUAAUUUAAAUGGUUUGUUUUCGUUGGCAAGACAAUCAUACAGUGGUUGCAUGUAGAUAGCUACGGAACGCAGCCAAGGACGGCAGUAAGAUAUCAAACCGAGAAAUGUGCGGAGCUGGGCUAGGCUGUGGGGGGGCGGUUUAAUAUUUUGAACUGCAGUCUUUCUACUCUCCGUGAGAUGUUUUAUGCCCUGGGAAAUGCAAUGUCCUAGGAAAAUAACUUUCUCUACACAUGCUUGCAGUUUCGUUUUUGUCGCUUUACAGCCUGCUUCUGCCAAGAAUUUUAGCAAGGAAAGAGUGUUUACAAUACAAGAUUCCAUAUUAUCGCAACAUAGGAGUAGGUCAUCGAUAUACUGCAAUAAAAUUACGUUAUUUGGCCUUUGCCACUCUUCAAGAAUCUGGGCCAUAGCCAUGCUGUACAUAGUGGGUGAGUUUUGUGCGCCCUGUGGCAAUACUGUCCAAGUGUACUGCUUGUGUUUAUGUGUAAAUGCAAAUAAAAACUGACUGUUGGGAUCCAGGGGGACACUGAAAAAUGCAUUUGCCAAGUCAAUAACAGUAAAUACCUUAGAGGAAGGUGGUAUUUGUGCCAACAAGGUGUGUGGGUUGGGAACAUUAGGGGCAAUCAGUUCAGUUGCAGCAUUAAUUGCCCUCAAAUCAUGUACCAUACGGUAGACCACAGGUUUCCCUUUCUCUUGCUUUUUCUUAAUUGGGUACAAUGGUGUGUUGCAAGGGUAGGUGGGCUGGACAACUACCCCUGCCUGCAGAAACUCUUGCACAGAUUGGGAAAUAGCAUCUUCCUGUGCUGGGCUUAUUUUGAUAGGGAGGUGUGGGUCCGGGCAGGAGAUUCACUUUGACUGGGGGCACAGAGAGUCUGCCUGUAUCUGUCUUCCCUGUAGCCCAUAAGGAAUCAGGGACUGAGGACAAGUCAAUGGUAAGUUCUGGCACAUGGCUGGGCAUAGUGAGAGUUGCCAGAACAUUUGAAAGAGAUAUCAUUUGUUUGUCCUCCAAAGGCACAGACAAUGUUACUUUUCCAGUGGGGCUAUACUGGAUAGACAGUAUAGAGCAGACAGUAUAUCACUGCCUUGUAGAUUAGCAGGGGCAUGAGGGCUGACAAGUAGCCUGGUUACAAGGGCAGUAGAGUCGUGUAGCUUCAAUUUCAGCUUGUGGGUAAGGGGAAUGUCAUUUUCGAUACCAUCCACCCCUACACAUGAUAAUACAUCAUUAGAUUUCUCAUACGGGAACACAUAUUUUUCCUGUAACAUUGAUUUAGCAGCGCCAGUGUCCAACAGGAAAGGGACUAUUCGGUCCCCGGGCAGUGUAACAUUAAUAAUGGGUGAGGGUCCUGCAGAGUCAGGGAUAUUUAUAAUAUGUAGGGACACUGGUUUGCCAAUUUCCUAUUGGGGGGGAGGUGGUUGGCUGUCAUGGGAGUUAUCAUUAGAAUCCUGAGGUUUUCUAUUUUUAGGAGGACACUUGCAGUUACGUUUAAUGUGUCCUUUCCUGCCACAAUUCCAGCAGUCUACCUGCCUUCUGUCUCCACCAGCUCUAGGGACAGUUACAGCCAUUAGAGGUGUGCUCUUCUUUCUAGUAUUUAGAUUACCUUCCACUCCCCUUGACACCUUCACCAGAUCACCAUAGGUCAAACUUCUCCACUCAGGUCUAUCAUUUUGGAGACCAGCCUUAUGGGUAUGUGAAUACCAUCCAUGAAGCAGUUAAUAAGCAGUCUGGUCGAAGUGGUUACCACAGUGGUUACAACAUCUGUGUAACCCAAUGCCUCCCAAGCCAUCUGUAGUCUGGUGAAGAAUGUUUCUACAGAGUCAUCUUUCCCUUGAAGUAUAUCUCCUAAUUUAUGGGCUAGUUCCUCUGUCUUUACCUUAGCCCAUUCUCUCAUUGCAGUGACAUAGCAUGCUACAGAUGCAGACUUGGUUUUAAACCAUUCAUCUGUUUGGCUUUUGACACUGUUGAUCAUCAACAGCUUCUUCUCAUCCUCCGCAAUAUCGGUCUAUAAGUUAUUGCUCUCUCCUGAUGCUCCUCCUACCUCUCCCAGCGCUCUUUCAGUGUUUCUUUCUCCGGCUCUGCUUCUCCUACCCAACUCCGCUCUGUUGGUGUCCCCCAAGGUUCAGUCCUUGGUCCCCUACUGUUCUCUAUCUAUACUGCCUCCCUUGGUAAACUCAUUAUCUCCUUUGGCUUCCAAUAUCAUUUCAAUGCGGAUGAAAUGCAAAUCUACCUGUCCUCUGCUGAUCUCUCCCCGUACCUCUUGACUAGUGUCUCUGACUGCCUCUCUGCUAUUUCUAACUGGAUGGCUGCCCACUUCCUUGAACUCAACUUGACCAAAAUUUAAAUUCUAGUCUUCCCUCCCUCAAGUGUUGCUACUCCUGUGCCUCCCUCCAACUCAACGGUGCUAUCAUCUGCUACACCACGCAAGCUUGCUGCCUAGGUGUCCUCUUUGACUCCAACCUCUGCUUCACACCUCAUGUUCAGUCUAUUGCCAAAUCCUGUCGUUUCCAUCUGAAAAACAUUGCGCAUAUCCGACCCUACUUAACGCCAGAUGCGACUUAGGUGCUGGUCCAUUCCAUUGUCCUUUCUUGGCUUGACUACUGCAAUCCACUUCUCAGUGGUCUUACAUGCUCCCAACUUGCGCCAUUACAGUCCAUAAUGAAUGUGGCGAUGAGGCUUAUCUUCCUGUCCCACGCCUCACCCUUCUGUCAGUCCCUAUAUUGUCUUCCUUUAAGAUAUAGAGCUCAAUUUAAAAUUAUUUUUCUUGCUUUCAAAUCUCUACAUAAGGCUGCUCCUACCUAUCUAUCCUAACUAACACGCAAGUAUGUGUACCUAUCUAGGCCCUUAUGCUCUGCUGAAGACUUACGUCUAUCUUCUGUUAGAGAUGUCGUGAACCGUCCGCGAACUUCUCGUGAACGGUUCGCCGUGGUUCGCCACGAAUGCUGACACAUCCCGGACAAUCUCCGGCAGACCCUCCCUCCCAGACCCUCCCACCUCCUGGACAGCAUCCAUGUUGAAGCUGCCUUCAACAUGGAUGCUGUCCAGGAAGUAGGAAGGUCUGGGAGGGAGGGACUGCCGGGAUGUGUCAGCUGAAGUUCGCGGACGGUUCGCGACAUCUCUAUCUUCAGUCCGUUCUCCCACCUCUGAUGCUCGUCUUCAAGACUUUUCGAGGGCUGCACCGUUCCUGUGGAACUCACUUCCCUCCUCUGUUAGAUGCUCACCCAGUCUCCACUCCUUCAAAGAAAUCAUUAAAAACCCACUUCUUCGUCAAAAAAGUGCGUAUCAAUUAAACUGUUAAUAGCUGCGGACUGAUUCCUCUCUUGCAACAGUCAUUAGUCUAAUACUAUCCUUAGUAUUGUGUCACUUUACCCCACUCCCUCUAGAAUGUAAGCGGAGCUGCAGACUGCAGAUUGUCACUUCCAUACAAUCUUAUGCUCAUAUGUGUCACAGAGAGGCCUACACCCCACCACAUCAUUCAGUGGUUGAUGGUGGGGAGGUUAGUGGUGGGGGGUGAUGCUGAGGGAGGGGGGGUUGAUGGUGGGGGGGUUGAUGGGUGAUGGGGGCUGAUUCUGAGGGAGAGGGUGACUGGGGGAGGGAGGCUGAUGGUGGGGGGCUGAUGGUGAGUGAUGCUGAGGGAGGGGGAUGAUGAGGGGAUAAUGGUGGGGCUGAUGCUGAGGAGGUUAAUGGGGGGGUGAUGCUGGGGAUUGAUUGUGAGGGGGGUGAUGCUGAGGAGGGGGUGAUGAGAGGGACCGUAUAUCUUAAUAUAACCUGGUGGUCCCGGGCAUUACUCCAGUCUGGGGGAUGAUGGUGAGGGGGGAGGAUGAUGAGAGGGAGGGGUGAUGAUGAGAUGGGGGGAUGGGUGGAGGGAGGGUUGAUGGUGAAGGUGGAUGAUGGUGAGGAGGGGGUUGAUGGUGAUGGGGAGCAUGAUGCUGAGAGAGGGGUUAUGCUGAGAGGGGUUUAUGAUGGGGUGAUGCUGAUGGAGGGGGGGCUGAUGGGGGUGAUGGUGAGAGGUGAGGGAUGCUGAGGGAGGGGGUGGUGCUGAAGGAGGGGGUGAUGCUGAGGGAGGGGAUGCUGGAGGGGGGAUGGUGGGGUGGUUGGGGGUGAUGCUGAGGGGCUAAUGGGUGAGGGGGAUGCUGGGGGGCAAGGAUGGAUGUGAGAGGGACUGCAUAUCCAAUAUAACCCCAGGUCCGGUGGCAUUACUCCAGUCUGGGGGAUGAUGGUGAGAGGGAGGGGAUGGGGGAGGGGGGAUGAUGAGAGGGGUGAUGGUGUGAGGGAGGUGCUGAUGGUGAAGGUGGAUGAUGGUGAGGGAGGGAUGCUGAGGAGGGGUGAUGCUGAGGAGGGGGUGAUGCUGAGGGAGGGGCGAUGGUGGGGGUGGUUGAUGGGGGGGGGUGAUGAUGAUGGGGGUGAUGCUGGGGAGGGGUUAAUGGUGAAGGGGUGAUGCUGGGGAUUGAUUGAGAGGGGGGUGAUGCUGAGGGAGGGCGGAUGAGAGGGACCGCAUAUCUUAAUAUAACCUGGUCCGGUGGGCAUUACUCCAGUCUUGGGGAUGAUGGUGAGAGGGAGGGGUGAUGAUGAGGGGCAGGGGUGAUGAGAGAGGGGGUGAUGGUGAAGGAGGGUGUUGAUGGUGAAGGUGGAUGAUGGUGAGGGAGGGGGUUGAUGGUGAUGGGGGUGAUGCUGAGGUAGGGGGUGAUGGUGGGGGGCUUGAUGUGGGGAGUGAUGCUGAGGGAGGAGUGAUGCUGAGGAGGGGGGCUGAUGGUGGGGGUUGAUGGGUGAUGCUGAAGGAUAAUGAGGGUGAUACUGAGGGAGGGGCUGAGUGAGGGGGGUUGAUGUGGGGCUGAGGGGGGGAUGAUGCUAAGGGCGGGGUGGUGAUGUGAGAGGGGACUGCAUAUCUUAAUAUAACCCUGGUGGUUCAGUGGGCUCCCUGGUGGUCCGGUGGGCAUUACAGAGCACUUUAUUGGAUUGUUUUUUUUUUUACAACAGGCUGAUCACUGUUUAGUAGACAUGUACCUACUCGCAGUAUAGCAAGUAGGAGCAGGAGGGAGUUUUCAAUCUCCCUUAUCUAGUAAUACUAAGUAAUUUUUACUUAGUGUUAGCAAAGCAGGCUGAAUGACCAAUUUUGGUCUUUCACUGUUUAGUAGAUGGCUCCCUAAUACUGUAGGAAUUAGGGGGCUAUCUACUAAGCACCUGCGAGAUGUAACCACGGCAUGAAUUGUAUCGGAAUUUCAUUCAUUCAAAGGAAAUUUCGAACUAAAAAAAAAAGCACAAAUUCAGUGAAUUUGCCGGUCCCCUAUCUAUAUGACAGGACAUUUGAAGCUGCGCAAGAACACCAGAGGAAGGGUGAGUAUCGUGGGAAGAUUUCUUUGACCACAGGAAAUGGAGCGGACUUAAACUCCUCCUUUGGUCAAAGAAGGUCAAGUACAGGAAAAUACAUACGACAAAGUAGGCCCCAAUUUGUCUAAUGUUUUAAAGAAAACAAGAUCAGAUAAGAACAAUAGGAGAAAUUUUAACUUCUGUAUUGACAGUGCCAUUUUAAUAUAAUCUUCCUAAAUAGGGUGAAGCAAAUGGGAUUCUGUUGAAUCUAUUCUAUCUUUCUUUCUUAAUUUAUCAAAGAAAUCUUCCAUUUGGGCUCUGGUGCCACUCCAACACACAAAAACAUAAUCUAUAAAUCGCUUUCAUGUGAGACACUUUUUAAAAGUGGAAGUGUAAAGAUUUAUAGUUCUUCCAUGCGAUUCAUGUAGACGUUUGCGUAUGUUGAGGCUACAUUCAAGCCCAUAGCAGGGUUCUUGAUCUGUUUCUAAAAUGUAUCUUCACACAGAAAGUAAUUUUCUGUCAAAAUAAAUCUCAGUAGUUUCAAUAUGUAUCCCAUGUGUCCCUUUACUGAGCUAUAUCCUUAUCUUUAUUUAAAGUCCAAUUUUCAGUUUGUAUUCCGCCUUCGUGGUCAAUUGAGAUAUAAAGUGACUGUAUAGGGUUACUGAUCAAUAAUCUUCAUUAUCUGUUAUGGUGAAGUUCUCUAUUAGUUUAAGAAAUUUUGUGGUGAGAUGGUAUACAACAUUUCUGUGAGAGUUUGUCAUAUGGAACCUGUACCACUUACUAAAGGCCUACACGGAGAGAACUGUGGAUUUGUAGGUAUUUUGGGAGAGUAUUAUUAUUAUUAUAAUUGCCAUUUAUAUAGCGCCAACAGAUUCCGUAGCGCUUUACAAUAUUAUGAGAGGGGGGAUUUAACUAUAAAUAGGACAAUUACACGAAAGCUUACAGAGAUGAUAGGUUGAAGAGGGCCCUGCUCAAACGAGCUUACAGUCUAUCGGAGGUGGGGUAUAAAAUACAUUAGGACAGGAAAUAGCAGUCAAAUUAGGUGGGAGUGAAGCAGAGCUGGAGGAGAGAGUAGAGUGCUGCCCUUUUAGGAGAGAGCAAGAGACAUGUAUGUAAGGUAGAGGUUAGUCUGGGAGGCCAUAGGCUUUCCUAAAUAAAUGGGUUUUAAGGCCCUUCUUAAAUGAUUGAAGACUAGGGGAGAGUAUGAUGGUGGUAGGUAGGCAAUUCCAUAAGAAGGGAGCCGCCCGCAAGAAGUCCUGCAACCGCGAGUUGGCCGUACGGAUGCGAACAGCGGACAGAAGGUAGUCACGGGCAGAGCGGACAGACAGACAUACCUAUGGAUCUGUGAGGAGAUAUAAGAGGGACUAAGAUUAUUCAGUGCUUUAAAGGUAUGGGUUAGCGGAAUUGACUCCUAAAGUAAACAGAAAGCCAAUGUAAGGACUGACAGAUGGGUGAGGUGUGAGAGGACUGACUAGAGAGGAAAAUUAAUCUGGCGGCAGCAUUCAUUAUAGACUUUAGCAGGGCAAAAUUAGGAGAGUUACAAUAGUCCAAUGCGAGAGAUUACUAGAGCAUGGACAAGCUCUUUAGUAGCAUCUUGUGUGAGAAAGGGGCAUAUGCGGGCAAUGUUUUUGAGGUAGAAUUGGCAUGAUUUGAAAACAGACCAGAUGUGAGGCCAUAUUAACAUUAGGCCAUGUUUAAGGACAGCAGGAACAGUGCCAGAAGAAAGAGAGCAGUUGAAGAUGUGUGUUAGGGAGGACACAAGACAAGAGGAGAGAGAUCUGAUAAGGUGAGACGGGGCAGGAUCAAGUGGGCAGGUGGUGGGGUGAGAGGAAAGGAUAAGUGCAGCCACCUUUUGUUCAGUAGCCUGGGAGAAGGUCGGAAGGGUUGGAGAGGCAUGAUCCAGGUGAGGUUGAGAAAGUGAGGGGCAAGGUGGUGAGAAUUCUUUCCUUAGCUGUUCAAUCUUGUCAGUAAAGUAACAUGCAAAACUAUCGGCUGUAAGGUUAGUUUGGGGGGUGGACGCAGCAGGGCAAAGAAGAGAGUUAAAGGUAUCAAAGAGACACCUGGGAUUGUGAGAGCAUGAACGAAUAAGAGAAGAAAAGUAUGAGAGUAUAAAGCAGGAACAAUUGGAUGUCUCCUAUUCUUGAGAGUAUAUUCUCCUUCUGUUAUUUUACCCUUUGUCUUGGUCCAAUUAUUGUGUCUGAAGUUCUAUUUUUAGUCUGCCAGUCAGAUCAAUAUCUAUUGGUUGAUAGCUUGUUGUGUCGCUCAGUUGUGUCUUUAUUUAUUUAGUGUAAUAGGUGAAGUCCAUAAUUACAAGCACUAUCCCUUUAUCGCUGGCUCAUCCCCCAGGCUUUUUUUGUGCUGAAUCCUAUCACCCGGUUUUGUGUCUGCUGUCUCUCCUCUACCACAGAAACAACUCCUGCAGCUUCCAGCCUGUCCGAGAUACAUUGUUACUAACACACUGCAAAGCGAAUAAAGAAGGAUAUAUCUUCCAGUACGUUUGGUCAUUUAAAGAAAGAAUAUUCUAGAAUAUUGUUUGACCGGCAUACAUCAUGACUCUAUAUUAAAGAGUGAAUUUUGUGGAAAACAAAAAAUAAGAGUUCAGAGAGGGAAAAGAAACAGAAAAUGCCCCCUUCCUUUGCAUUGUCUGCCCUGGUGUACUUGAGUUGAAAGAAGUAUUGAAGAAUCACUUCCUAUUGUCCAGCUAUAUCCUACAUGUGGGGAGUUUCAAAUACCACUGUAUGCCAUUUUACCUAGAGCUGGGCAUAGCUCUAUAUAUUGUGAGUUGGCACUUCUCUAUUUCUGUGUUGUCUGUGACACCAUCUCCUAAUGGUUUUGCACUAUUGAUCCCUCUUUGUUUUUGCUUUUGUUUUUCAUAUUAACUACUGAGGACUCAAUCAAGAACCAAAGAAUACCUACCUAAGGUCCACCUUGCAUUUUCAGAGACUCUUUUAUCCUUUCUGUAAAUAUUAUCUCUCAUUUGUUCCAUUUAGCGCACCCGCAGGGCAAGUAAUUAAUGAGUGCUUUCCUGACGAACGCCACCAAUGGGGAGAUGCGUGGUCUUCGCACCGGGACUCCGUAAACGGGUCCCUGAGGUUGGUGGGGACACUGUUGGGGUACUGGCAGUUGGGAUCGCCCUACCUGCUCCUAACAGAGCUAUAACCACUGCUCUCCCUACCCAGGAGCUGUGAGGCCAGGCUCGCAAGCUGCCUAAAGAGCACUCUCUAUGGUUCUACCUAAGUGGAGUUAUCCAUCGGAGAGAGAUGCAGAAUCCCUGGAGCUGUGAGUCGGCCUUGCAGCCUCAGGCUUCUCACUGGCCGCCUGGAAGUCAGUGCCGACUCAUGAGAGAAGGAGCACCCAUUCAAACUGGAUUUGUGCCAUUCUUCUGAUAGGUCGGCACGGGUGAGCGCUGAUUGGUCGCUGCGGGGCGCAGGCGAUCAAUCGGAGAAGAAGCGCUAUUCAAAUGGGGUUUCACACCCUUUUUCCUGAUUGGGCGGCGAAACCCCUCUCCUCCCUGACCGCUGAUUGGCGCAAAUUGGUUUCACACCUUUCACCUGACUGGCUAUUGCUUGGUUUGGGUGCGAAGUUUGAAUUUAACAGGCUAAACUAAGCAAUUCCAUGGAACUGAUUUCGGGGAUGUACAGAGCCUUUAGCCCAGACUUUACACCAUGGUUUCUCGGGCUCUGUACAUCCGAUAGCCCCACUAUUUACAGGGAUCCUAGAUUGGACCCGGGGCUAUCCAGUGAUAUGUGUUUCAUAUGUGUAACCCCCUUCCCGGGGCGCAGAGCCUCUAAGUGUUCCAUUUAUGUAAUGUGUUUUUGUGUGUAACUGUAUGAGCUGUUGGUAUCUCCCAGGGUUAUUGGUUAACCAUCUCUCUCCAGCCUGGGAGUGUGUUGUACUGAAUUGAGACCCCCUGAGGGGGUCUGUGCAUAAAAGAAAGCUGUGGCAAUAAAGCAUUGUCAGUGUUUUUACCUGCAGAACUGUGUGGCGACCAGUUACUUGGGGGUAAAUGGAUGCCUGCUUGUUGUAAGGGUUCCUGAAUGGCUGAAGGAAGGGAACUAGCGGAGGUAACCGGUCAGGCUACCCAGGGUCCACUACAGAGACCAUGCCUCGAUGCAUUAGAGUUGUUUUGGCAGCAUGAGAGAGAUCAGGUGAUUUUAAUGUUCUGGCUGACCAGUGUAUAUCUUUCUUCUUCUAUCAGCAUCCCCAUAAAAGGCCAAGUAAGACUUAGUGCCAGAUACCACAGGAAACGUUCAAAGGUCUUGCAGAGACUGGAACUGAGUAUCAUGCCCACUGCAUAUCCAUGUGUCUUCCCCUUGUAUUGUAAUGCAAUAGACCCUAUGCACUGAUCACAGGAUAAGGAUGGGUGAGACACUAAGUUCCUUUGUUCAUAUUAAUAUGAUUAAAAGCCCCACCUGCUGUGCCCCACAUUAUUAAUUAUUUAUAUAUGAAGGCAUAGGCCCUUCUGCUUAUUUUUUAAUAAUGUCCCCACCAUGGGGGAGUGAAUGUGUUCUUUACAUUGAAGUAUUUUCUCCCUGUACAUUUCUAGUCCCUGUUGUGGUUCAUUUCUUGGUAAUACUAUUGCGUUGGAAUUUACUAUGUUUUCUCUGGUUAUUGACUCGACUUGUACUCUGACUAUUCUGAUCUCUGGUAUACUUGACCCAGCUAUAGUCUCUCGAUUUCCUGUCUUCUGGUUCCCUUGAUAUCUUGCUUAUCUUGACUAUUCUAUCUCUGUUGCAUUAAGCUUGGCCAUUAUAAGGUCUGGUAAUAUGAUCACAUAGGAUUUACUAUGUGAAGAUAACUGUGCCAUCAUCAGCCCAUACCGUACAACGUAAGGGGAAUGUCAGCCUGGCCAAAUCCAUGCCAGGAUGAUUGACAGCCUGUCUGGUCCCCCCUUAAAACAGAAGACUAUACAGACAGCAAUGAGAGAAUUGGGAAUUAUUAAAUUCAUUUUAAGUGAAUUUCAAAUUCAAGACCAAUAUAGCCAAACUAAAAGCAUAGCCAACUUAAAGAAUUCUUCCAGGUAGUAUAUUUUGGCUCUGAAUCGCAAAUUCUAUCUAUAAUGAGCAUAUUGUAUAUAUUUCAAUGGCAUCAAAUAGAAGGAAUUUUAUAAAUAUGUAUUAAAAUAUUUUCAAAUUACACAAGUGUUAUUAUUUUCCUAGCAAGAGUAAAGUGUAUUUAUUUUUCCAUUAUAAUUUUCACUGUUUCUGGUUCUCCGCUGAGAAUUAUUUUGAUUGCUCCCGCAGAGCCUUUGAUGUCUCAUACGUGCAUAUAAAUGUCUGCUCACAUUGUGUUGCCAUUAAUCGAUAUUGAGCAUCAUGUAUCCAUUAGAGAGAUAUUGUUGAAUUUCUCUAAUCUGGUUAACUGCUGCACUUGCCAGCUGUUGUGUGUAUAUUAGUAUACAUACCACUGCAUCAUUGUAAGUAAUCUUCCCCUGUUUAUGUUUUAUAUUGUUGUGCCUCAUCUGAUAUUUUAAAACUUUGUGCUUCCACCAAACAGUUAACAUCUUGAGAGGCUUUUUAUUGAAUUGCAAUUAAUUUAUGUGAUAGAAAUGAUUACUUACAAUGAGACAGACUUUAUCCUCCUUGGUUUUUCUGGAAAAGUUAACACUGAGCCAGUCAUAUUUGCGGGACUCCUUUUAAUUUACUGUUUGUCUCUGUUGGGUAAUUUUGUCAUACUUAGCACUACCUUUAUGGACCAGAAACUACAUAUCCCCAUGUAUAUGUUUCUCUGCAGUCUUUCAAUUGUAGAUAUUUGUUUUUUGUCUUCGACUGUUCCCAGACUCCUUGCUUCCCUGGCAACUCACAAUGGUCAUAUCUCUCUCUCCAGUUGUCUUUUGCAGUUCUUCUUUUACUACUCUUUUGGUGCCAUAGAGUUUGGUUCCCUGGCUGUGCUGUCUAUUGAUCGAUACCUUGCCAUUUGCCAUCCAUUAAGAUACAGUGCUGUUAUGACCAGACACGUAUGUUCUAGAGUCAUCCUUGGUGUAUGGAUUUUUGGUUUCCUGAAGUUCCUUCCAACUUUCAUUUUCCUGUUAAAGUUAAAAUUUUGUGGUAGGCCUACCAUCAUUAAGCACUUUUUCUGUGAUGGUUCUGCACUAUUAAAUGUGUCCUGUUCCGACACCCGUCUGGUGGGAUACAUUUUCCUAUGGACGACAAUAUUUGGUAUUGUCGUUUCUAUCAUCCCUACUUUGCUUUCAUACAGUUUCAUCCUCUCAUCUAUCUUCAAAAUAGCUACAUCUAGUGGAAGAAAAAAGACAUUCUCUACUUGCUCCGCACACCUUCUAGUUGUAUCAAUGGUCUAUGGAAGCUGUAUAUUCAUCUAUAUUCGGCCAGCAGGAUCUACAUCCAGCACUUUAGAGAUGAUUGUAGCUGUAAUCAAUAGCAUUUUAAAUCCAUUGCUAAAUCCUUAUAUUUAUACGUUAAGGAAUCAAAUGAUUAAGAACACAGUAAAAGGUUUUUGCAUGGCUAAAUGAACACUAACAAUUUAAAAAAUAAAAAUAAAUACUAUACAUUUUCUAUUCUGAAAGGACUAAAACAGAAGAAUAGACAGCUUUAUAUUUUACUUUCAGUUACAAGAUUGACAUUGUUUUAUAAUUUUUUGACUCUCUUAAUUACAUCUAGCACUUGCAGUCAAUAAGCUGGCCCAGCCCUAGUGGCUGCGACAGAUGCCUUGGGACCCCAGGUAAGUUGUCAAACCAUUCGCAAAUAGUUUGACUAUUUACCCUGGGAGCAAGGGCAUACCUAGGUAACUAAAAACUAUAUAAAAGUUUUGUUUGUGUGUCUCUCUGCACACCCUCACACUCAAAGUUAGCACAUGCUCUCUUUUGAAUACAUGCGUUAUUGAUUUCUUUGGACUAAGUGCUUCCAUUUUGGCUCUAAACUCAGUACUGUCAAUUCUGUGUAACAAAUGUAACUUCUUCUUCUUCAAGCUAACUGGAGUCAUGAGGGACGUUAAUUGUGUUUCAGGACUGUGGUGAACGGUGUUAAACUGAAAAAGAGAAUGUUAUAUUGGAUCAGUGAGAAGGGCUACAGCUGUGAGGCAUGUGGCUAAUGUGAAUGUAGAGUGUGAGGAUGUGAGUCAAAUAGAUUGCACAAGUAAAAAGUAUGCAGAAAAUAAAACCUCAACAGACAUCAGAACAUGGUCCAGGAGAUGUAUUGGUCUACAAUACAUUUUGUACUGCUAAUGCUUAGAAUAUUAAAGUGAUUAUUUUGGGAAAGUAUAAUUUUAAGUUGCUAUGCUGAGUUGCAACUAAUUUUAUGUUGAUCUUCGAAUCAUGACAUAUGACAUAAUUGUUUCAGUGUUUCAGGUUGCAGGUAGUAACUUUGAUUUCCCUAUACUGAUUUAAGGAAGAAACCACCUCUUGCCAGAAUGUCUGCUAAAAAAUCUCCCUGCAGGGCUUUGCUUUCUGUAGAAGACAGGUACUUCUGCUUAUGAUUUUGUUGUUAUCUAGAGCAAAUUGUCAACUGUUGGGGGCUUCUAGAUUGGAACAUCAUGGGAUAGUGGCUGAACCCAUCUCUGCCAGACCAUUGGACACUCAACUGACCAUUCACUUAAAAGGUAAGCCAUGCCCUUAUAACAUGGCAUUCAGUUUAUUUGUUGAGAAUCCUGAGUGGUACGCUGGUGGAUGAGAUGAGGCUAGUUUUGUUUAUCCCAACUGAACCUGAAUCAUGUUUAUUGAUCAGUGGGCAGUAUUACCAUAAGACUGUGUACCCUGAAACAGACUUUGUGUUUCCAGAGGACUAUGGAUCUGAGAGAUAAACUGUGUCUGGAGAACUGUAUGUAAAAUAAAUAAGUGAAUAAAUAAAUAGAUAAUUUGGAAUGUUCCUCUGACAUACAGGAACAUUUGAGAGCACCUAUGAGAAGUCCUCAAUAACGUAUGCAACCUAGGAGACUGCAGAGAAACUUUUGGGAAAAUAACAUAAUCAGUGGAGUUACACAGACAAGCUUAGAUAACUGUGAUUUCUUUUGGGAAGAAUAUGGUUGGUGUACAGGCAAUACGAGA